GUCGUUUUUUACUAAGCGCCUAGCUACUGGCUGCACAAAAUUGCAUUGCAAAUAGACAGACAGCAGAUAGCCCAGUCGGGGCGGCCGCUUGGGUGUGAUAUAUAGGACCGGUCUAGCCAUGUCACUCUUUCUGUCCUUGUGGAUAGCUGCCAUUGUGGAGAUGGUUCUCUACGGCCUCUACAUUUCUUUAUUCGCCCUCUUCAUCUGGACAGUGCUCCACUUUCGUCCUUCAUACUAUCUUCUCCAAUUCGCCUGUGGAAUUCUAGCCUUCCUCAUCUCCACUUCAUUCGUCAUUCUGGACAUUUGUCGCAUCUGGAACGUGAUGAAAGUCGAUGGUGCUACCGGUACGAGAUGGUACUCCGACUUUUUCUCGAGCCGUAUCAGUCUUGUCUUGAGCUAUCUCAUCAUCGUCAACAAAACGUUGGCGAGCGGUGUGCUUAUAUGGAGGUGCUACAUCAUCUGGAAUAGAUCUAUAUUGAUUUGCCUCCCAAGCUUUACCUUCCUGACAUUGUCCAUCGUCUUUUCGCUCUACUCGAAUAUUAAGGGUUAUUUCCUUGAACGGGCGCCCAACCGUUGGGUCAUAGCGGUCCUCUCUUCCUUCAUAAUAACAAAUAUCACCACAAUAUCGCUUAUUCUCUUCAAGAUUUGGUACGAAACGCGAUACAUUCUCCGCCAUUCCUCCUCUUUCCGUUCCCAAAACCCUACAGGUCCAACGGAAAUGACAACCCAGCAGCAACAUGGCCAUCAUCAUCAUCAGCCACCUUCUCCGGGAAAGCAUUUUUUCGGUAUCUCCUCCGUCAUAGCUAUCGUCCUGCAGACAGGCAUCAUCUACGUCAUCGCACUCAUCGUUCAUCUCAUCUUUUGUGUAAUCUCGAUCGUGAACAACAACAACAAUGGUCGCAAAAGUGGCGCUGGGACUACUAGUAGUGGUGGUGUAUUCCUCCUCUCGUGGACGACGGCGUCGUGAUCGUCGUCGUCGGCUCAAGAGAGGAAGUUCUAAUGGCCGGGGUAUGGGAACGAUGAUGGUGGUGAUGCUGUGGAUGCGGCCUCGGAGACGUCCGUCCAAUGGACCGACCCAGAGUACGGACCUUCUUCCGAUCAUCACCAUCACCAGCAACAA